UGUGCGUGUAAAUACGGCAUUUGGCCGGAAAUUUCUCACUAAUAAGCUUUCAGGACAACAGCUGGCAUGUGAAAAUAUCCACUCUGAUCAAGAUAAAUAAUAUAAAAAGACAAACAUGCUAAGGCUCAUUCAUUGGCUCUUUCUCAUAUGUGUAGGACUCGGGGUGAGAGCUGGCCCCCCAUAUUAUUAUAGAACACCAAUCGAGUGUGGAUUACCAAAGGAUGGGGGAUCCUGCACACUCCCAUCCAGUUUACGCUGGUAUUUCGAUACAAAAUCCAGAACAUGUAAGACGUUUCAAUUUACAUGUGGAGGAAAUGGAAAUAAUUUCCGGUCUUACGAUGAAUGCAUUGGAGUGUGUACAAAUAUCUGUUUUUUGCCUAUAGGAUAUGGAACAGGUUGGCAAUCUAUUAAUAGGUAUUACUUCAACAAAAAGGAGAUUAAAUGUAAGCCAUUCAAGUACACUGGAGUAGGAGGGAACAGUAAUAACUUUCCCAGUAUCGGAAAAUGUCAAAAUACAUGCAUGAGUGUUUGUAAACUACCAUCUGAAGUUGGCACAUGUCGUGGUUAUUUUCCACGUUUUUACUACAAUUAUAAAAGGCGCAGAUGCAUGAGAUUCAUUUAUGGAGGGUGUGGAGGAAACAGAAAUAAUUUCCACACUAUCCGGGAUUGUAAUAAGACAUGCCGGAAUUUUAGACGUUAAAAUAUUUCCAGUUACAGUGAUGUGGCAUUGAAUCAAAAUUCAGCAGAAGGGACGCUUGAUUUUCUUACUGAAAUUUAUCUUUAAGCAUAGAAAAGAAAUAGUUAAAAUUAAAUCAAAAUCCAACAAAUUCUCCUCAAUGUAUGUCAGCGACAUGUAUCUCAGAUACAUCUAAAAUAUGUCAACGACAAAUCUUGUUCAAGGCUGUUGCUAACAGAGACAGUUUACUUUAUAUUUUCAAAUGUAGUUCGAAUAACACGGAAAAGAGUAAUCUCCCUUCCCUGCUUCGGACAUAGUUAAAGUAAAAUGACAUUUUAGAUGAAUAAAAUAUAUUUGUAAAUCAUGAA